AUGGGAAACGCUUGUUCCUCAGUCUUUCCGCGCGACCACGAGGACGACCUCUGCGACGUCGCACAACAACGUCGCAAUUCCGCACGCGCCGAAACGGAGCAGACUCGCCCGCUUGCCGCUUCAACGAAGCCCACGUAUCCCUCAGCAGUGUACGCGGCUGACGUGGCAAGGGGACCCGCAGCCGACAAAGUCUCUCUCCACCGCCGUUUGUUGGGCAGCAGCCGUCAAAAUUGCGACCCCAAGUCGCGAUUAAAACCCCAGCCAUCCAAAUCCCACACCAAAUCCAAAUUGACGCCACGUGCUGCUCGAGAAGCGCCUCUUACCGCGACAGUUGCGAGCAGGAGUCUGCUUGAACGGUAUGACUUAGACCGAGCUCUGGGUGAAGGCAAAUUCGGGUCUGUGCGCGUUUGCCGGGCUAAAACCGGCCCGAAUGCGGGAGUGGAAUACGCGUGCAAAUCGAUUGCGAGAAGCAGCGCGCCGAGUAUGGUUGUAGCAUGCAACGGCGCCGCCGCCUCGGCCGCAACACCGCCAUCGGCGGCGGGUGCUGCGGGAUUGCAAACGGCGCUGACGGAGGUGGUGGUGCUGCGACUGUUGCAAGGUGUCGACGGCGUCGUGCGACUGCACGACGUCGUGGACGACGGCCCUGCGACGUCGCACUGUCACAUCGUCAUGCAGCUCUGUCGCGGUCCCAGCCUCCACGACUACAUCGCCUCCAAGGGCGCGGUGAGCGAGGCGGAGGCGGCGCGGCUGAUGCGCGCAGUGAUGCGCGUGGUGGCGGAGUGCCACGCGCGCGGCGUGGUGCAUCGCGACGUGAAGGCCAGCAACUUCCUCUUCCUCUCCGCAUCCCCCGGCGCAUCCCCCGGCGCAUCACCCGCCGCGUCCCCCGCCGCGUCCCCCGCCGCAUCCCCCGCCGCCUCCCCGCUCAUCGCGAUCGACUUCGGCCUCGCCGCCUUCUGCCGCCCGGGCGAGCGCCUGCGUGACGUGGCGGGCAGCCCGUGCUACGUGGCGCCGGAGGUGCUGAAGCGGCAGUCGGGGCGCGGGUACGCGCACUCCGCGGACGUGUGGAGCGCGGGCGUGCUCCUCCACCUGCUCCUCUCCGCGCACCUGCCCUUCGACGGCCCCAGCAUAGUGGACGUGUUUAGAGCCGUGGCGAGUGCGCCGUUGGACCUAGAAUCGGGUGCGCCAUGGGCGCGGGUGUCCGCGGAGGCCAAGCACCUGCUCGCCGCCAUGCUCUCCCGCGACCCUGACUCCCGCCCCACUGCACAGCAAGUGCUCGAGCACAAGUGGUUUCAGAUGCACUCCUCGGCAGAAUGCUGA